AUGUUCCUUUCGCUUCCCCUUCUGGGGACCUUGAUUGCCUCCACGGUUGCCCUCGACUCCAGCCCCCUGGAGUUGCGGGUACCACAUCUGCACCAACUCAGCCAGCUCAGCAAGUCUCACCAGGCUUCUCUCAACCAGGAUUCAGCAAGCUUCCCGGUGUACAACCUUUCUGUGCCUAUAGACCAUUUCCACGAUGAAUCACGCUAUGAGCCACACACCAAUGCCACCUUUGGCCUGCGCUACUGGCUCGACACUAGCCAUUACCAGCCUGGAGGACCCGUUUUUGUGAUUGCCGCAGGCGAGACCGAUGGAAGCGACCGUAUUCCCUUCCUUUCACAAGGGGUUGUUACUCAAUUAGCGGCAGCCUACCAUGGAAUUGGCCUCAUUCUCGAACAUCGCUAUUACGGCGAGAGCUACCCAUUCACCAACCUUACUACCGAGAACAUCCGAUUCUUGACUACCGAGCAGGCGCUCGCCGACUAUGCUUACUUUGCCUCGAACAUUGUCUUCCCCGGUCUGGAGGAUCUCGAUCUUACGGCAGCCACCACUCCAUGGAUCGCCUAUGGCGGCUCUUAUGCUGGUGCUUUCGUCGCUUUCCUCCGCAAACUCUACCCGGAGCUCUACUGGGGAGCGGUGUCUUCUUCUGGCGUCACGGAAGCCAUCAUUGAUUACUGGGAAUACUACGAACCGAUCCGACUGUAUGGCCCAUCUCAGUGCAUCUCCACCAUACAGACGUCAAUCGAUAUUGUGGAUCGCAUUCUCAUCGACCAUGCCGACAAUAAAACCCUGGCCCAGCAACUGAAAUCCGCUUUUGGGGGCUCAGCGACCAACCUCAGUAACCAGGACUUUGUCUCCUCCCUCUCCUAUGGUCUGGACUCGUUUCAGUCCCGCAACUGGGAUAAGACCAUCGGGACCCCUCUCUUCCGCGCUUUCUGCAACAACAUCACCAAUUCGGACCUGCUGUACCCCGAGGCCGCCGAACCCAUCUCUGCAUCCGUCAAGCAAUUGGUCCAAAUUGCAGGCUACGAUCCCUCCAACACGACCCUGGUCAACAACUUCCUCAACUGGAUUGGAUUCCUAAGCACCUCGAAAGUUUUCGCCGACUCAUCCUCGGAGUCCUCAUCAUCCAACAUCACGAACUUCACCACCCCGCAGCCCCUCAGCAAGGACUCCGGCACCAGCUGGAACUACCAAGUCUGCGUUGAAUGGGGGUAUUUCACUACAGGCUCCUCUGUGCCUUCGACCACUAAGCCCCUUAUUUCUCGUCUUCUCGACCUCCCCUACCUUUCGUCUUUCUGCCCGAACACAUUCGGAAUCAAGACACCGCCAGAUGUUCAGCGAAUCAACCAAUUCGGCGGGUUCAAUUUCUCGUAUCCGCGCGUUGCGAUAAUAGGCGGGCUGGCGGAUCCGUGGCGCGACGCGACACCACUAGCGGACGGAGUCGACUGGCAGAGUCGAAAGUCGUCUGAUAGUGAGCCGAUUAUUUUGCUGGAUAUUCCGGCGGCGGAUGUGUGGGAUGGUGUGAGAGGUGCGGUCCAUCACUGGGAUCAGAACGGAUUGUCGGGUCAGCAGAAGAAGGAGGGGGAGAAGGCGCCUAAAGAGAUUGUUAGUGUGCAUGAGGAGGUGGUGAGAUUUGUGGGGGUGUGGUUGAAGGAGUGGAAGGGGAAACAGUCUGAUGCAGAUGAGAGGGUGUAUCAGACUGUUUUGUAG